AGGCGGGCUUGGCGGCACUCGGGCCUGCAGUGCGGAGGUGGCAACAGGUUCCCAUUUGUCCUGUUGCUGGUGCUGCGGGCACCAGCAACAGAGCAGUGACUUUGGAGACUGACUGCCCCUCACCCCUCACUCCUGAAGGCGUUGUCGCACGAGGUGGGAGGGCCACCAGCCAAGGGGACCAUACAGGAGCUGGGAGACACAGGGCCGCUGGUGUCUGGGCCUCCCUUUGCUUCCCCACUGCGGAGCUGGCCUCCAACCCCAGCCACAUCCCCAGCCCAGAUCCAGGCUUCUCUUUCCGGAAGCCCUCUCCAGAGAGCAGAGUGGGGCAGAGGCACCAGACCCGAACACAGUACCUCCACAGUAGGGUGGGUGGGACGGCCUCUCCAGCUUCUCACCCGACACACUACUCUGCCUCUCCCAUCCUCAGUGACUGCCCACCCCCAAAGUCCCACCCACAGCCACAGCCAUCAGGUGGGGUGCCCAUGGCCAGGUGGCAGCUACGCUGGGCGAGCCUGAGAGCUAGAAGGCAGAGGCUCUUCCAGGAGCAUGCCAAGAAAGGGCCCUGGCUGGGUAGGGGCCUGGAGAAAGAGCUCGACCAGAAAGGCAGGACAGGGAGAAGGCACCACUCAGGCCAGCCCUCGCAUGCAGGCAUUAGGACCAUCUUACAGGCCAAAAGCGAACCUUGGGCCUUUGGCUUAGGAGGCAGGGAGGAGGUGACCGAAGGCCAAAGAGGUGGCCUGACUCUGUCAUGGCGUCUUCCCUUGGCUUCACUGCAGGUGUCUUGGGUAGCUGCACGCUUCCGGACGUGCAGACGGCCAACAGCCAUCCUAGGCACUGGACUUGCAGUGGCUUGGCAUUUUUCCACCCCUGGAAGGAUGUCCUGUGGCGGCCGUCAGUGUUCAUACAUGUGCUUGCGUUCACUGAAUCCUCAGGGGACAUUCGCAGAAGUGGCUGAGGGGGCAGGUUUUCCGUCUAGCUCUUGGUGCACACUGCCAGCUUCAUUUCCAGAAAGGCCCCCCCAGAUGAGAACCCAACAGCAAAACACAACGGUGACAUGCCGGUCUCCAGCAAGCCACCAAAACACUAGGCGGCCACGCUUGGAGCAUGUUCACUACGGUUUAAUAAGCGGGAAGUGUUACCUUGUUGUUGUUACCUAGUUUUCAAUUUUAUUAGUGGUUUGGGGUCCAUGGUGAUUCCGCUCCCAGCGGGGAGCCGCUACAUGCACAGAACCAUCUUCACUCUCCUCCCCCUCCUCCCCCUCCGUCUUGGGGUCUGGGUUGGAUUUCCUGCAAACAUGUUUGACGCCAUCACAUUCCUUCCUUCAUGCAGCGUGUACUCUUCUUAAAUCCCUGAGCCUUUAUCUGCAGGGUCUUAACCUUCUGAUUUUUUUGUAUGAGCUUUAUCUUAUCCGACCUAUGUUUUCUUUCAACACUGUUAUUUGCUUUUGUUGGGCUUUGGGCAGAAAAAGGACUCAUGGCCAGAUGGGGUUUCUAGAAGCCUCCUCUCACCCCUCCUUUCAUUGUCCCACUGAGCACUUAUCACCCCCGUAUCUCACUUGGUGUCUUGGCUUAUUGUCCAUCUGCCCUGCUGGACUGGAAGUGCCAGAUAAGCAGAGACCCUGUAGUGUCUUGCCUGUCCAUCACUUGUGUCCAGGGAAAGCAUGAAAGCCACCAGCCCCUGUUGAAUGUGUGAUGUCACAUAGGACAGGGCACGGAGGAGGGUGGAUUGAGGCACUCAGGCUGUGACAGCAACUGGCCUGGGGAUUCGAGCCCAGAGCCAGUACAGGGGGCAGCAGGGGUUGCCUGGGUGGAGAGGGCCAGGGCCAGAGGGAAGCAGGACGUGGUGGAGUAGAGUGUGAUAGAAUGGGGUGUCCGGGUUGGGGUGGGGUGCUCAGAGCCCCUGGGUCCCUCAGCCUGGUCUGUGCACACAGAGCAGGGCUCACGCCGGGUGCCCGGGUGCCCUGUGCCAGCUUUGGGCAAAGAUCUGGGCCCUGAGGCAGCAGGUUUCCAGUCCGCCCUUCCUCCUCUACUCCUCGAUUUCAGGGCCAUUUCAGAGGUAUCCAGCAGUGCCUAAGCUGAGGCCAUUAUGUAGAUGCGGCCGCCAAGGUCCAGGCAGGGACUUAGGCUGGGCGGGGAUGGCUGAGUGACUUGCUGGAAGUCACUUAUGGGGCAGGGGCCCUCAGCCUUAGUGUCCCCUGUCCCCUCCCCCCUCCACUGACCAAGCCGGUGCCUGCCAGAGUAGCUGCAACUGGUCCCUUGCUGGGCCCCCAACCUGCCCUUGGCCUCUGCCCUGAUCCCAUCCCGCCCUGGCGAAGCUGCGGCUCAGCCCGCCACUCUGAGGGCCCACCCGACCCUCUGGCUCGCGCCGCCGUUGGCUGGCCGGCCCCGAGCCCGCCCGCCGCCCCGCCCCGGCCCGCCCCCCGGGGCUGCUACUCCUGUCCGACCGGGCGCUCUGGGGUGCAAACUGGGUCGCGGUGCAGGACGCGUCGCCUCAGGCUCCGCUUCCACGUGUGAGCCUGCCGCGCAGCCCCGCGCCACUCCGGCCCUCUGGGACUUCCUCCGGUACCCGCGCCUUGCCGUCGCAGUAGCCGUGGCCAGAAGGUCCACGGGCGGCCGUCUGCCACCGAAUCGCGCGCCAGUGCCCGGUGCCCCGCGAAGUGCGCCCAUGGAGGGUCUGGGCCGCUCCUGCCUGUGGCUGCGCCACGAGCUGGCGCCCCCGCGCCCGCGCCUGCUGCUCCUGGACUGUCGCAGCCGGGAGCUGUACGAGGCGGCGCGCAUCGGCGGGGCGCUGAGCGUGGCGCUGCCCACGCUGCUGCUGCGCCGCCUGCGGAGGGGGAGCCUGUCGGUGCGCUCGCUGCUGCCCGGUCCGCCGCUGCAGCCGCCGCCGCCCGCGCCCGUGCUGCUGUACGACCAGGGUGGCGGCAGGCGCCGGCGCGGGGACACCGAGGCCGAGACCGAGGAGUGGGAGGCCGACUCGGUGCUGGGCACCCUGCUGCAGAAGCUGCGCGAAGAAGGCUACCUGGCCUACUAUCUCCAGGGCGGCUUCAGCAGGUUCCAGGCUGAGUGUCCCCACCUGUGUGAGACCAGCGUCAGCAGCCUCAGCAACCGGGCAGGCGCAAGUCUGGCGCCAGUGCCCAGCCCCAUGCCUGUAGUGGGGCUAGGUGGCCUGUACCUGGCCUCUGAGUGCUCCGAUGCUGAGGCCGAGGCUGACCGCGACUCCAUGAGCUGUGGCCUGGAUUCCGAGAGCACCACGCCCCCGCCUGUGGGGCCGAUGCCCUCUUUCCCAGUCCAGAUCCUGCCCAACCUCUACUUGGGCUGUGCCCGAGAUUCGGCCAACCUGGAGAGUCUGGCCAAACUGGGCAUCCGCUACAUCCUCAAUGUCACCCCUAACCUCCCGAACCUCUUCGAGAAGAAUGGUGACUUCCACUACAAGCAGAUCCCCAUCUCGGACCACUGGAGUCAGAACUUGUCCCAGUUCUUUCCGGAGGCCAUCACAUUCAUUGAUGAGGCCUUGUCGCAGAACUGCGGGGUGCUCGUCCACUGCCUGGCAGGGGUCAGCCGCUCUGUCACUGUCACCGUGGCCUACCUCAUGCAGAAGCUCCACCUGUCCCUCAACGAUGCCUAUGACCUGGUGAAGAGGAAGAAGUGGAGCAUCUCCCCCAACUUCAACUUCAUGGGGCAGCUGCUGGACUUCGAGCGCAGCCUGCGCCUGCAGGAGCAGCGCACGCAGGGCCAGGACUCUGCCACCUCCGACCCCCCUUCCUUCUUUACCACUCCCACCAGUGAUGGGGUUUUCGAGCUGGAUGCCACAUAAGGCCCCAAGGGGCCGAGGGCUGCCCCUGCCCCCCUGCCCCGUGAUGCUCAGUCACCUUCAGGGGCAGGGGCAGGGGAGGCACAGCCACAGGGGGCUGGAGGGAGGGAGAGCUCAAUACCUCAGAAGGGUGGCACAGUACAGCCACUCCACCCACUUGGGACAGCCAUGGGAAUCCCAUGAAAUGUGCCUAGGGGCCAGCCGGGCCCACUGGCCUGUCCCCCAUGCUCCAGCACCUGCCUUUUCUGCGACUGUUACUUUCCUCUUGGGGGGUUCCCUAACCAAGGGACCAUUCUGGGUGACUGUCUAUGCCACCUCCUCCUCUCCAGGGACCUGCUCCCAGACCUUUCCCAGUCCCCAGUGGCCACUUAUAGGGAGGGGCGAUCACUCCCACCAGUGUAGACCCUCCCUGCCUGUAUGACCCGGGCUCGGACCUUCCGAUGAAUACCAGACCCUUUCUGGGUGGCUUCCGGCUGGAAGCCAUCUGACACCCUGUCUGUCCUCCUCCCCAAGAAGUUUUAGGGGGCCCCUGGAGCCCUUUGGGACAGCCCCAGGGAGAUGGGUCUCUGGCAAGGGCAGGGAGGACAAAGGAUGAAAGUCGUGGUGGGUUUCAGGGGUGGGGAAGGGGCUGAGCUGCAGACACGUGGGUCAUGCACCGAAGACACGCCUGGCCUGGGGCUGCCAGUCCCUUGUCACCUCUGAACUUAGGCGAGGGCUGCGCUUGUUUUUGUAAUCCACAUUAUGAUUGCUUUCUUUAAUCAUUCCUCCUGAAUAAACAGUUUAUUUAAGA